AUGAACUUAAUUUGGCUCACUGUUCGUUUUUUCCAUAUUCUUCAAUUUCCUCCAAAAUGACUUCCAGCUUUUUUCCCCCUCGCCUUUCCCUUCCCUUCUAUGUUUCAUGCUCGGUUUUCUUGUCAACUUUCAGUUUUGUUUGAGCCAUCCUGAUAUGUACAAAACAUGUAUUCCUCAGUUCAAAUGUGGGAAUAUCUUAGCCUGUUAUCCUUUCUGGGGAGGUGAUCGAGCAAAACCUUGUGGCCAUCCUAACUUAGAGCUCACAUGUGAGAAUAAUACGCCUACCAUAGAGAUCAGUGGUAUGAAAUACCGUGUUUUAAAAGUGGACGAGAAAGCUGGAAGUCUCAUGAUUGCAAAACAGGACUACUUCGAAGGAAACUGCCCAAGUAUAUUAGUUAAUACUUCCAUUGAUUUUGAGUUUUUCGAAUACUCUUCUGACUAUGAGAUGCUCAAGUUACUCUAUGAUUCCGCAACUCCUGAAAAUUUUACUUGCUCUAUGGGGGCGGUCGACUACAAGGAUGGGUUCAUAAAAACAGGAACUACUGGUCCUCGGAACUUUAAUGUUAGUGUCGAGGUUCCAGUUCUUAAAAUUUUACUUCAAGGGGCGAGAACAAAUCUGUCAACUUUGGUAGAAGCCCUGAAGAAAGGAUUUGAGGUGAAAUCGAAGGUGAAUGGCAUAGAGUUAUGUCUCAAGUGUAUUGAUUCUAAUGGACGCUGUGGUUAUGAUAUUGUUUCAAAGCAAACAAUUUGUUACUGCCAAACUCCACCAUUUAACUCGUCUACAGCAUGUCCUGACAAUUCACACUCAUCAGAAUCAUCAUUCAAGAGGAGAGGGAACAUUGCCAUAGGCAUUGCAGCGAGCGCCGUAGGGAUAAUAAUAAUCCUUUCCAUUCUUCUCUUAGCUGUCAAACGACGAAAGCUAAUGUUAGAUAAGGUUAUGCUCUUCUGCAAUAAGAAAACAGAGAAAGAUCAAAAUAUCGAGGCCUUUGUUAGAGAUUGUGGAUCUCUUGCUCCAAAAAGAUACAACUAUUCUGAUGUUAAAAAGAUGACAAAAUCAUUCAGCAACAUUCUUGGUCAAGGAGGCUACGGCGAUGUUUACAAAGGAACACUACCCGAUGGUCGUCUCGUGGCAGUGAAGAUCUUGAAGGAAUCAAAGGAUAAUGGGGAGGAAUUUAUCAAUGAGGUUACUAGUAUCAGUAGAACAUCCCAUGUUAAUAUUGUCACUCUUCUGGGUUUUUGUUACGAGAGGAAAAAAAGCGCUCUAAUUUAUGAGUUCAUGUCUAAUGGAUCUCUUGAUAAAUUUAUAUAUGAUCAAGAAACUUCAAGUAUGAACCACAAGUUGGAAUGGAAGACCAUGUACCAAAUUGCAGUUGGUAUUGCCAGAGGACUAGAGUAUUUGCACCGUGGUUGUAACAUAAGGAUUGUGCACUUUGACAUAAAACCUCACAACAUUCUUUUGGAUGAAAACUUUUGCCCCAAGAUAUCUGAUUUUGGACUUGCUAAACAAUCCAUGAGAAAAAACAGUAGCAUAUCUAUGUUGGAUGCAAGAGGAACCAUAGGGUAUAUUGCCCCGGAAGUAUACUGUAGAAACUUUGGAGGAGUCUCUCACAAGUCUGAUGUCUAUAGUUAUGGAAUGAUGAUUCUUGAAAUGAUUGGCGAAAGAAAAAACAUUGAUUCUGGCAUGUCUCACACCAGUGAAAUAUCUUUUCCAGAUUCAAUUUACAAGCAUCUUGAAUCGAGCGACGAUUAUAAACUUCAAGGUGUAAUCACUGAAGAGGAAAAAGAUAUGGCAAAAAAGAUGCUCUUUGUGAGUUUGUGGUGCAUUCAAACCAAUCCAUCAGAUAGACCAUCAAUGAAUAAGGCUGUGGAGAUGUUGGAAGGAAGCCUAGAGAACCUGCAAAUUCCGCCAAAAGCUUAUUGGUUUUCUCCAACAAGAUCACCGAAACAUUCUUUCCUCACAUCAUCAUCAACACAAAUGGCAUCGCAAGAAGACUCCUCCAGAAACUGAGUGAUUUGUGUCUUGUGUCCUGUGAGAUGUACUUGUAGUUUUAUAAUAAUCCGUCCCAGCAACUGAGAGCACUACUUUGUUCUUAAACUGUAGCAGAGGUAAUGAAAUUCAUUGUCUGGUGAUUAAUUUCGCAAAGACAAUGUUUGUUUUUUGAAUACGUCAUUUAUAGAAAGCAAAUUUAUUGUA